CGUUGCGCGCGCCAGAGGCCACUCGGCUCUAUUUAUCCAACAAGUGCCAGUCCGUUUCUCUCGUUCUCUCUCUCUCUGGGACCGUUCAACGAAUUUUUUCUUUACCUUUGAAAUGUCAAAUACGCAUGCUAGUUACAUUAAAACGACAGCGAAGCGGAGGAACGUGUUGACAUAAACCUUGUAUGUUUAUUGACCAGUCGCGCCAACUUCUAGGGGAUAAUUGAAAAUGGCGAUGUGCUUGUUAAAACGUUUGCGGCGUCCCGGUCGUUAAGGUUGUCAGCAGUUGUCAUUUUUCCUCUGGUUUUCUUUAUUUUGAGUUUAAUUUUAGUUUAAUUGCUUUAGGCUAGUUUAAAUAAAACCACUAAUCACAACUAAAGGAUUCGGUAAGGAGGUGUGUUGGCGUAGAGAGUUUUGACAGGAAAGUAAUGGAAAAUGAUGAGCCCGCAUCACCGGACCCGAACCAUGACAGCACUCAGAGUAAAAGAGUGAAUAAGAAAUUCCAUCUAACUCAGAUUGAGGUGAUCCCAUGUAAGAUCUGUGGAGAUAAGUCAUCAGGGGUUCAUUAUGGAGUUAUCACUUGUGAGGGCUGCAAGGGCUUCUUCCGCAGAAGUCAGUCCUCCAGCGUGCAGUACUCGUGCUCCAGACAGAGCAACUGCCCCAUUGACCGUGCCAGCCGUAACCGCUGCCAGAGCUGCCGCCUCAAAAAAUGUGUCGCUCAGGGAAUGAGCCGCGACGCGGUGAAGUUUGGUCGUAUGUCUAAGCGUCAGAGAGACUCGCUAUUUGCAGAAGUCGAGAGACAUCGGCAGCAGCAGCGUCUUCAGGCCAACUCAGUCCAAGAGCCCCAGCCUCUCCCAGCCUACCGUACUGGCAAAGAGCCCAGAGAACAGUCACCUCAUCUCAUCCCACCUCUACCUCCAGCUUACCCUUACUCUGUAGAGCCUGAACUGCAAGGCUGCCCUCCAGAGGUGCAUCCAUACCUGGAGUGUCGCAUAGGCGAGGCCCAGGCUCAGAGUCUGGCCUACAGGGGCUCCCACAGGAGAGGUGAGAGCAACAGCUUGUCAGCUGGGAGAGGAUUUGACUCCACAAUGUCUACACCAGAGGCUAUUCUGAACAUGAGCGGCAGUGAAAUGGGGUUUCGUCCUUUUGACCCUGAGAGAUCGUUCUUUUCUUACCCGACAUCUCUGCACAUAGAGGAGCUCUCUGCAAGUAUCGUACGUUCUCACAGAGAGACGACUCAGUAUCGGGCGGAGGAGCUGCAGGCUCUCAGAUGGAAGGUUUUUAGCAGGGAGGAGAUCCACGCUUACCAGAGCAAAUCGGUGGAUGAGAUGUGGCAGCACUGUGCAGUGCGGUUGACCGAUGCUGUUCAGUAUGUGGUGGAAUUUGCUAAACGUAUCCCAGGAUUCCGUCAGCUUUGUCAGAAUGAUCAAAUUGCUCUCCUCAAGAGUGGGUCCAUGGAAGUGGUUCUGGUUCGGAUGAGUCGGAUGUUUAACACAGAAAACAACACAGUAUUUUUUGACUGCAAAUUUGCAGGAACAGAACUUUUCAAAUCCCUCGCAUGCGGUGAUCUAAUAGCUGCUCUAUUUGACUUUGCUCACAAUCUGUGUGCGCUGAGACUGACUGAACAGCAGAUGGCAGUGUUCACUGCGCUGGUCCUCCUCAAUGCAGAUCGACCGUGUCUGGAAGACAGAGAACGAGUGCAGAGAGUAAGGAGAGAUGUGGAGCUUGCCCUAAGUCACAUUCUGCACAAAGACAAUCAGGAGAGUCUACUGCAUAAGCUGUAUCAAAGAGUCCCGGUGCUGAAGUCUCUGUGUGCGCUGCAUAUUGAGAAACUGCGAUGGUUCCGGCAGCUUUACCCUCUCACGGUGCAUUCCCUCUUCCCUCCGCUAUACAAAGAGCUGUUCGGCUCUGACACAGAUAUACAGACACUGUCUACUCAUUGAACACACACACAGACACAUUUCAUUUGCAGAUGCAGAAAUGAAAUGACAUCGCAUACAAUACACAAACACACCCACAGUUACAUAUAGUGUAAGCGGUCUAGAUCUAAAUAUAUUAUCUACCUGCUGAAGAAGUUAAAUAUAUUUUUGUAACUCUCAGAAGAACAGAAAAUAAUAUUAACAGAAGUAUGCAGUAUUUUGUGCGAAUUCUAUUCUGUAGGCCAAAAGCAAAAUAUUACUACAAAUGCUAUUCAGUAUUCUUAAGCUUGUUUUUGUCUGAGGAUGUAUUUUAAUGUUUUUGAAGUUUUCAAUGAUCCUAGCUGGUAUAAAGAGCUUUAGCUCUGAUCAUUAUUAUGUGAUUUAUAGAGCUGAUCAGUUUUGAUACCAGCAAACAGCAGAUCGUUAAAAAAGGAACUGGUAUUUUUGAACUAACGGCAUCAGUUAGCAACUGGGGAUUUUCAAGCUUCAUUUACAACAUUAGAGUCUCCUUCUGUCCUCCCUCUUGAUUUCUCAGGCGGUACAGAGACAUGAAUGCUUAAUGACUUCUGCUACUUAUAGCCUAUUACAUUGUUGCAUUAAUUUAAGUAUGAUCAUCUAUUUUGACACCUUUUGUGUCAGCUUUUUUUUUUGUACUCCCCUCCCGUUAAAGCUUGUCUUGGCACCUAUAAUGCUUAUCUUUCAUUCAUUUCACAUGGAUUUGAAAAGAACAUGUUGCUUCACAAUGGAUUGUGUUCUUGAAAUCACCAUUCCCUUCAAACAGACCAUCUUAAGAUGUGUUUUUGAAUUUUUCUCUGUUUUCUUGGAUUCACUCAUUCAAAUAAUUAUCAAACUUGCAGAUUUGACUAUUUAUGCUCAAGGUUCUAAAAAAUUAUAGAAUACUUCUAUGAAAUAAAAUAUAAUGCUCUUAUUCAAUAUGCUUGUGUAGACACUUAGAUUGACA